GCCAUGCAGUCUAAGCACUUUGGUUCCCAGAACCCAAGUUGUAAGAUUAUGACCUUCCACCCAACCACGGAAGAAUUUGAAGAUUUCAACAAGUAUAUUGUUUACAUGGAAUCGCGAGGGGCACACCGAGCUGGCCUAGCCAAGGUAAUUCCACCCAAAGGAUGGAAAGCCAGACAGACCUACGAUGAUAUCGAUGACAUCUUAAUAGCUGCUCCCCUCCAGCAGGUAGUCACUGGGAAGGCAGGUGUGUUUACUCAAUACCACACAAAGAAGAAAGCCAUGACCCUGAGAGAGUAUCGCCGCUUAACCAACAGUGAAAAACACCAGACUCCGUUCUACUCUGAUUUUGAGGAUCUGGAGAGAAAAUAUUGGAAAACGCGCCUCUAUGAUUCACCAAUAUAUGGCGCGGACGUCAGUGGCUCCUUAUUUGACGAAAACACGAAGCAGUGGAACCUUGGACACCUGGGAACCAUUCAGGACCUGCUGGAGCAGGAGUGCGGAGUGGUCAUCGAGGGCGUCAACACCCCCUACCUGUACUUCGGCAUGUGGAAGACCGCCUUCGCCUGGCACACGGAGGACAUGGACCUUUACAGCAUCAACUUCCUGCACUUCGGGGAGCCCAAGACUUGGUACGCGGUGCCCCCGGAGCACGGCCGGCGCCUGGAACGCCUGGCCAGGGAGCUUUUCCCGGGCAGCUCGCGGGGCUGUGAGGCCUUCCUGCGGCACAAGGUGGCUCUCAUCUCGCCCACGGUCCUCAAGGACAACGGCAUCCCCUUCGGUCGGGUCACGCAGGAGGCUGGAGAGUUCAUGGUGACGUUUCCCUAUGGCUACCACUCUGGCUUCAACCAUGGCUUCAACUGCGCCGAAGCCAUCAAUUUCGCCACCCCGCGCUGGAUCGAUUAUGGCAAAGUGGCCUCGCAGUGCAGCUGUGGGGAGGCCCGGGUCGCCUUCUCCAUGGACGCCUUCGUGCGCAUCCUGCAACCCGAGCGCUAUGAGCUGUGGAAACGCGGGCAGGACCGGGCGGUGGUGGACCACACGAAGCCCACGGCGCCUGGCGGCCAGGGGCUGAGCGCCUGGAGGGAGGUGCGUGCGCCUGCAGGAGCUGCGCUUGGCCCGAGGCACCCGCAGUCCUGCAGGGCCCCGCGCCGUGGUCGGCCUGUGGCUGCGAGCGGUGGGACCCGCCACGGAGCCCCUGUGCAUUCUGUGUCCCUGCGCCGCUUGCCGGCCCGGGGUUCUUCCUCUGCUGCCCCGUUCGGGGCUUCAGCUGUCCGCUAUUUCCUGGAGCCUGGCCGGACCCGGCCACCGACCCCAGGUCCAUCAGUCCCUGAGGUACAGCCAACUGGCAGAUGCGGUCCUCGUCGUCGUUCUUCGGAAGAGGGGACUCGGGAGCCGACUGUCCAGGCCCGAGCUAAGAGGCGGCUCUCGGUAGACACAGCUCAGGACCCCGAGGCUCAGGCCCUGCCUGAGGAGGCACCUCGGAAGGACAACCCUGCCCCGCUCAGCCCUGGGCUCCAGCAUCCCGCUAAGGCUUCCAUGUGUGGCCGUGGCCCUGUCUCCUAA